UCUCUCUUCUCUCUUCUAAUUCUCUGUGUCUUCCUUUAGCAUUCAUAUAUAGUUAAAUAUAUACGGUACAUACAAUAUAUACAGAUGGGCAACUGUAUCAGAAUUCAAUCUGCAAACCCUUUGAAUGGUGAUGUUUGCAGUGAUGGUUAUGAUUUGGAUGAUGAUUUGAGGUUGGAAGCGCAGACACUAAUCAGUAGUUGGACAACGGGACAGUUGGAAAAGAAGGGCGAUGGCGGGGACGAUGGUGUUGGGAUGGAGCGUGGUGGUAAGAUAGGUGCUGCCACAGAGGUUAAGAUAAGGAUCACGAAGAAACAGCUGGAGGAGCUUGUGAGGGUGGAUAUGCAGGGGAUGUCCCUCGAGCAGCUCCUGAAGAAGGCGGCUGCCUUGGGGGCUAUGGCCCGCGAGGUGCGGCACCGCCACUGGCGGCCGGCUUUGCAGAGCAUCCCGGAGUUGGACUAAGGAUAAAAAAAUCCAUGAAGUCAAGGUGGUGGUGGAAAUGCUGCUGCUGCUGCUCAUUAUGGUGAUGCAACACCGAAAUGAAUGUGGAGAACUGAAGAAAAUCAAACAAUGGUGGUCUUCUUCUAUAUGUGCUUCGCUUGCUACAGUGGGUCGCUGAGGUCUGUAAAUAGAUAGACCUAGAAGGAAAUAACGACUCUCUCUUUCUCCCUCGCUAGGUGAACUUGUAAAUUAACUCCUUUUGUUUAUUCAUUCACCCGGAGAGUCUAUCGGGUUUUUUAUUCUGGUUUUCGUGUGAAGAAUAAGAAAUGAGAUUAGUUAAAUCUCU